GCUCUGUCAUUAUACGUGAACUACCACUUGGUGGCUAAGUUCCCAGUUGUUCCCAGUUGCUUCCACUUUGUUAUAAUACCACUAACCGUUGACCGUGAAAUAUUUAGUAGUAAGGAAAGUUCAUGGAUGGACAUAUUGCACAGGUGACAACCUAUCACAGUACCCACGCUUGAAUUCACUGAGCGCCUGAGAGCGAGCCAUUCUUCAUAUAUAUACUGUAUAUAUACCUGGAUGAUUGGCGCUGUCUGCAUGCACAUGUGGCCAUGGAAGUGAUUGGAACACCCGAAUCCAAUGAUUUGGAGGGGUGUCAC